AGCAUGUGAUUUUCAAGGUGAGUGAGGCAAUUGCAAUAUAAUUAAAUAAGCAUUUAGUGAUAAAAUGAGUACUCAUCUGGAGUCAUCAAUAAUUGGCAGCAGGCAAGGGAGAACUCCUCCAAAGAGUUGUUGGGCAAAGUUUCUGGGUCUUGUAGAAAGUUGCUUGAGAGAUGAAGAUAAGGUAAAAUGGGUUGAAAACAUGAGAGGGAGCCUGAGUUUGAUGGCUUCUAUAAUCGCCACAAUGACCUUUCAACUCGCCACUAACCCGCCGGGCGGCGUCUUUCAGGCAAAUGGCGGAGUUCCAGUAUCUUAUGCUAAGAUUUGUCUGGACAAUGAUACCAUUCAAUGCCCAGGAGAAGCUGUGAUGGCUGUUGUGUACGAGAAGGUUUAUACAAAUUUCUUGAUUUGCAACACCGUCUCCUUCAUCGCGUCCCUCACUGUUUGUCUCUUGCUGGUGAGUGGAAUCCCUCUCAAACAUCGACUCGUCAUAUGGGUUUUGUCGAUCGGCAUGUGCAUCACCACCACCAGCCUCGCUCUCACCUACAUGUUUGCGGCCUCCAUGGUCACACCAGAUCCCGUUUGGGAGGCUGCUGAUAAAAUGUUUGGACGAGUACUCGAAAUCUGGGUUCUCUUGCUAGGAAUCGUGGGUGUUUAUCUCAUCAUACGAAUGGUUUACCGUGUGGUUAAAUGGAUCAUUAAAUGUUGUCGCCCGCGGCCACAACAAUGAGAAUCGCACGAGCUAGCUAGCUUGCAUCGUAUGGUUGCAAUUGGUUGCAGAUUAUGAAUAAACGUUAUAUACGUACGUACGGUUUCAUGUGAGUAUGCAUGAUUUACGAAAUUUGUCGUAUUUAAUUUUUGUUCGAGUACAUUACAGGGGUACUCUUGAUCCUGCUUUCAUACGUGGAAGAGAAGUUAUAUCUUAGAUUAAUGCCUUAAUGGUGUUGUUGUCCAUUUAGUACUUUGUUUAAUGCCUUAAUGCCUUAAAGAUGCAUGUGUGACAUGUGUGACAUGUUUUUGUGGAUUUGUAUCCUUUAAAGUUGGGAAGAAUAUUUGCAGAGAGUACACUUCCA